AUGUCGAAAUCAUUAAUGAACACCCAGCAGCAACUAUACCAACUAAUCCUCGACUCAAUCCAGCAGCAGCAGGAGCUAGAUGACCUCAUGUUCUUGAUCCUUGCGAUUAGGGUGAUUGAGAGAGAGUCGGAAGACUUAAGCGACGAGGAUGAUGAUGAUGAUGGGAUCCAUACCAUACAUUCCAAAACAUCAGACGAGGACGAUGAGAAUGACGAGGAUGAUGAUAACGAAACACAAACCACCAGCACCCAAACCCGGCACGUAAAUUUUGAAAAUGAAAAUGUAAGGAGGAAGUUAUUCUCACACCCCGCUGAAGCAGAAGGGACUCGUAAACGCCGGUUAUCGAGUGCUGGAGAAGAGGCGGGGAGGAGGAAGAGACGGGUUUUCGCUAGUCAGGUGGGAAAUGUGGGGGUGGAGGAUAGGAGGAGGAGGGUGGAGAGGUGGGUGCACGAUAUGGCUGUUGAGGGAAGUGAAGGGAGUACUGAGAGGGCGACGGGAAAGGGGGAGAAAGUCGGACUUCUGAAGAGGAAAGGGGAGAGUGCUGGUGUUCCAGGUGAACCUCAGACGAGACUUUCGGGGCCGAGAAGGAGGAGUGCGAGGAUUGCUGGGGCUGGUGGGUGA